AUGGACGGAAAAUGUGGGAAAUACGUAGUGAAUAUGGAACACUCUGGAAACCAGCCGAUGAGUAUUGGUGGCACCACCGUGCCAUUCCCGAACCUUGGAAACGAUGAAGCUCAGAGUUCAGCCUGUAAGUUUGCAACAUCAGUUGAUGUAACUGGUGAUGCUGGUCCCAAUUUAACUGACAUCUGCACCAACAGAGGGACCCUUGGACUUUCAAAAUUUCCAAACAGAGAAUCCCAACAUUGUCAGGUGACAGGAAAUUUGUUUAGUGGCUGGUCUCUGUGGAAAAUAUUCCUGGCUUGUCUCUUAGCUUCUGUGAUAACAACGGCAAUUGGAGUACUCAUAGUGUCUCUGGUGCAUAAUGGGAAAAAUAAUAAUGCCUCCAUUGUUAUACAACUUACUCAAAACCAGGGGAUAAUCUCAUUGCCUGAAACAAGCUCACCUGAUUAUUCCAAAACUACAGUUGCCACUAGCACAAUAGAUGGUAACACAACAUCCACUUCCAGUACCAUGACUACCAUCACUGAGCACCCUUCAGCGGAACCUACAGGUACACCAACCACUGAUUCCACAGAAACCACAAUUGCAACAACCACCACUUCAACUGAAAAAACGACCCCAAAUAUAACUGACACUACCUCUGAGGGUACGAACAAAACAGCCACCACUGCUUCCACCACUUCUACUGAGACUAUGACUACUGUGGCCACCACCACACCUCAACCAACUACCACAACAACGGCCGGCACUACCACUGAGGGUACAACCACAACAGACACAACUGCUUCCACCACUUCUACUGAGAGUAUGACUACCACCGUUGCCACCACUUCAGCUGAACCAGCUAGCACAACUACUAUUAGUACCAUAGAAGACGUAACUUUUACCAUUUUCCAGCUCUACAUCGCUUCAUUUCAUCAGGAUGAGACAUGUUCUGCAACAUUCCAGAGUCUAGAUGACCAGGAAGUUCAGAGUUCAGCAUGUCAAUUUCCACCGUCAGUGGAUGUCAAUGGUGAGGUUUGUACCAAUGUCACUGCUGCCUGCAUCAGUCCAGAGAGACAAUUCCAAUAUGGAGAGCAAAGGAACCUACAACCACCACAGCAGACAACUCCACCACUUAUGGCAACUGAACCUGUUGCCAUAAAGCCCACUACCACCACGUCCCUUGAACCUGCAACCAGCACAGUUUCAGCUGAACCUACAGACACCAACUGCCACAACCUCCACUUCAGCUGA